AUGCUGCAUGCCGCGCUGGCUGCAGCUCAGCUUUCAGGACCUGGGGAUGAUGGCACACCAAGCAGAGACAAUGUCUUGACUGCAAAAGCGGAAGGAGGAGGUCCUGCAGCGGUCACGCCCUCGAGUCUGCAUACCGACUACAGUUCGUUGAACACCAUCUCAAACCCAGAUACAACCGCCAAGGUCGAUCCGAACACAGCGGUAGAAACACCAAUACCAAAUAACCCUCCCGAUUCAGAAGCCGGCCUUCCCGUGGGAUCUACAGGGGGGGGAUCACCACAGUUUCUGGAGUCAAAUCAACCAGCUCCAGUUCCAGUUCCAGUUCUAGAACCAGUUCAGUCAGAGAUAGCACCUCCCGAAGUUUUUGCCCAAAUUCCAGAGCUGGCCGCGUCACCUGCAACCGAGACGGCUGGAAUUGUCACAUCUGAUUCACCAGGCAGCACUAUCGCUACUACACCACUCGUUACUCCAAAUCAGCCUACGCCUUUCGCUUCCGUUCCUGUCGAAAGCCUGACGCAAACACCUACAGUAACUCCAUCUCCAGCUGAAGCCACCAAAGCAGCCAUUCUCGCCGUGCCCGACUCCUCAUCCCAGGUCUCAGUCUCAGACAUACAAUCGCCAUCUGCGUCAAUAUCCGACCCCAACCCCAGCUCUCUUUCAAGCGCCUCACCAUCCGCCACGGCAGUAACAACCGAAACCGCAAUCCCAGCAGCACCAUCAACCACUUUUCUCUCGGUCAUCACUUCAUCCACCACCGAUCCUGCUCUUGGGUUUAUCGCAUUCGCCACGGACUCCUCGGCAUCUUCUUCACUCCCCUCCUCACUCACAACAACCCCAUCACCAGCCCCCUCCUCCUCAUCCCUUUCCUCCACCACCUCCACCUCCACCACCGAUCAACCCGCAAUGGCCUCCAACACCGCCAUUGACGCCGCCUCCUUGCAACCAGCGACUACAUCCUACCCUCACUCCUCAAACGAGUACCUCUCCUCCCAAGCCAAAGUCGCCAUUGCACUCGUCUCAGUGGUAGGGGUAUUAGCCGUCAUGGCAGUUAUUGGCUACGUGCUUUGGCAUAUGAGGAUGCGGGAUGCGCGGUUGGAGCGGAAUCGACGAGCAGCAUUGGCGCGGGGGGUUGGGGGUGCAGGGAAAGGAGGAAACGGAGUAGCACAGAGGCAUAAGCGAAACCUAAGUGUGGAAGAAAAGAUGAAGCAGACUUUAGAAAGGGAGCAUGACGUCCCGCUGGAUAUUGGGAAACUUCAGGCGGAGGAGCAUGGAAACCCCACGGAUGGAAGAGCUGUGAAUCGGUUCAGUACCAUCAGGGAGAGCAGCGAGGAGAGCGAGGACAGCCAGGGAAGUGGAAAUCAGCAGCGUUUCUACAGGAACAAUGAGCCUUUGGCUGUCAUGGCGGCGCCCAUGCCCCUGGGUGAGGACUCGGACGGUAUGGCUAUGGCUGGUCAGAAAGAGUUCCAUCUCGUUCACAUCAUUCUUUCCAUCUACACCACGGCCAAGAUGGCCUCGCCUGUGGUUACACGUCCAGCUCUGGGCUUCGAAGUUGACCUGGGAAAACUCUACGACUCCCGCACCGAUACCUUCCUCCCUCACUCGCUCUUCAAAGAGACACCAGCCAAUGCAGUUGACUCUAAGGCAAAGGUCAAUUCGACUGCCAAACUCAGCAAGGCAACCACGUUCCGCCAGAAGCUUGCUGAUCUUGGUAUUGGAACCGAACUCGGAGCCAGCAUUCUUGCAGGUCUUUCUCCCAUUGACGGCUGUGGCCUGUACUUGACCGACCAUCACAAAAGUCCCGGCGAUGUUGCCCAUUCUUCCUUGCAUUAUACAAUCACGACGGUUGACGAGGAGCUCAAUCUCACUGCCAGUGGUGUGAAGGACCUCAUCAUACCCGACGUUCUCGAUAGCGCCAACGCGACCCACGUGGUCACUGGCAUCACCUGGGGUGCUCAAUUCAUCGUCACAGCCCGCACCAAAGCCGACGACCCAACCCAACUCGCUCGUCUCCAGCAAUGCCUCGACAAGGAGCUUGAGUGUCUGCUACAGGCUGCCCUCGAAGCCACUCAUGUCAUCGAGUUUUCUUCAACGGAGCUAGUCCAAUACGGCCCGUCGAAGGAAAUAGUUCAGUAUGACGACGGUAACGGCAUCUUUCAUGACAGCACUUUGUCAGUUCUGGACAAUGGUCUCACAGGUGAUUCACGGCCGCUGGCUGCCCCAUCUUCGACUGCCUUCAUCUAUGACCUUCGCAGCCGCCUCCACGCCACCAAUGAUGCCAAGGGAAAGCCUAUCCAGUACACUCUUAUGCCCGUGUCGCUGCUAUCUAUGCUUCGCCUCAUCGACAUCCAACAUCAGCCUGUCAUUCACCAACCCAACGUUGAUUACCUGACGUACUUCAUUCAGUUCCUUGACGACUGGGCAGAUGCACAACAAAAGUUCAACAACUACGUUGCCCGAUGCAAUGAGUGCCCCACGGCUAUUCCGCCCGAUCACUUGCGUCUCAUUGUGAGCAAGCUCCGCCCCGUCAAGACCGAUGAGUUUGCGUUCAAAGCAAGCUUUGCAGAAGCUCUCAAAGACGUCCGUUAUGGCAAAGCGAACGAAGACAGUCUGCGCGAUUUGCUUGUAGGGGUCGAGGGCAGUGAGUUGUCACCUGAAAAGCUCCGCUCCAUUGCAAUCCACCGUGGAACACUUGAUUUCAAGGAUCAGAUGAGCAGCCUGGGAGCGACGUACAUCGGCUACGGCUCGACUUCUCCGACGACGAUUCUCUCACGCGGGAACUUCGAUGACGCGUUUGUCCUCAACUUCAACAGCAGUCUACGGAAUUCCCCCGAGUGGGAUGAGACAAUUCACCUCUUCGAGGAGCUCUCUUCCUUUCAAGGCAACCGGAUAUUACUCCUUGCUGUCGAUUGCGAUGCUGCCGGGCACCUCUUGGAUAAAGUCUUCAUCAGCCAAUAUCGGAGCGGCCGUGUUUUCAUUGAGGAUCUACUGGAACAUCGCAAGAUCCUGGCAUCCAACUGCAUCAUGCAAUAUGACCAAGAGUGGCUGGAUAGCUCCGUCAAUACCAAGCCAGUUCAACGACGUCCUGUCAAGGUCCCCUGUCCUCGUCAGGGUUGUGAUCAGACCUUGCAUUGCCAGUGGAUUUGUGCUUUGUGCCGUUCACUUGUCGAGUACGGCCAUGUUGAUGACCGUCUUUACUGUGACUGCGGAGCUACUCCAUUCGACCAUUGGGACUUCAAGUGUCAAGACCGCAGACACGGGUCAAGAUGGACACGGUACGAACGUCCUGUGCUCUCUCAACUCCUCAACAACCUGAAGCCCUUCGAUGAAUUGAACAUAUUGGUUCUGGGCGAGACUGGCGUGGGAAAGUCGACAUGGAUCAACGCGUUUGUCAAUUACCUGAGCUACGACACUCUUGAGGAUGCUCUACAGGCGGAUGACUUGAAGUGGGUGAUACCCUGCUCCUUCAGUACUCAGCUUAAGGACGACUCAGAUGGGAGAGGCAAGUUUGUUCAGAAGGAUAUAAAGAUCGGGUCCAGCAAAAGUGAGCAUGAUGGAGCUCGUGGGCAGUCAGCCACCCAGUCAACUGCCGUGUACACUGUUGAUAUUGACAACACAAGAGUCCGACUCAUUGACACGCCUGGCAUCGGCGACACCAGAGGCUUGGAACAGGAUAACAAGAACAUGGCUGACAUUCUUCAUGUCCUUCGCACAUACAAGCAACUUCACGGAAUCUUGAUUCUUCUCAAGCCAAAUGCUUCACGGCUGACGGUUAUGUUCCGAUUCUGCAUCAAGCAACUCUUGACCCAGCUGCACCGUAACGCAGCCACCAACAUUGUCUUUGGAUUCACCAACACCCGUGGCUCGAACUACAAACCAGGCGACACCUUCAAACCUCUGGAGGCCCUUCUAGCAACUACACCACGUUUUCGCUAUCUCGCUGCUCAGAAGAAAGGCAUUGACAUGGGCCUCAUCGAAGACAACAUGCGAAGCUGGGAAUACUCCAUCGCCGAGUGUAAGCGACUUGUCAAGUACGUCGGGGAACUUGCGCCUCACAACGUCCGCAGCACAAUCAACCUCAAUGAGACUCGUGACCUGAUCAUCAAGUUGACGGAGCCAAUGGCGCUUAUUGCCCAAAAGAUUGCAAGUAGCAUUGCGGUCAACAAUGAUCAAAUCAAAGAACUCCAGUCCGCAAAGCUUUCCAGAGAUGAGCUCGAGAAAAGUCUCUAUGUCCAACGCGAGAGCGUCGAGUCGUAUGAGGUGGAUGCACCUCGUACAAUUUGUACCCAUCACGAUUGCGUUGAGGUACGGAGCGACUUCCAAGGACGUGAUGAGACCGUGGUUGUCUACAAACAAAUGUGCCACAAGCCCUGCGGCCUUGGAAACCAAGUCAAGAGAAAUACGAAGGGGGAUGAUGCACUAAAGGACUGCUGGGCCAUUCUGGACAGCGGUUUCUGUAAGAUUUGUGGGCAUCAUUAUAUGGACCACAUGCACAUACUACGACUAUCGAUCCAUGACUUACAGGAUCUCAUCAAGUGGGCGACAAAACUCGAGCUUAAGCAAAAGGCCAUCGACAUGCGCGAGGAGGCAGUGGCGGAGUUCGAGCUCGAGUACGCCCAAGUCCAAGAGGCAGCCAUUCAGUUCGGAUUCUUUCUCAAGCGCCACGCCAUUGAACCUUACAACGAUGCCACCAUCGAGUAUGUUGACCAUUUGAUCAACCAGGAGCGUCUCAAGAUCAAGAGCGGAGGCAAGAAGGACACUCUGGACAUGCUCGAAAAGUACAGAGCAGAACACAUCCAGAAAGUCAAGGUCCUCACCGAGGCCAUGGACAGGGGCGAUUCGGACCGCGUCGGUGUUCGGCAGCUCAUCGACAGUUUGUACGGCCUGCCACACUUUGGCGAAGACCUUCGGAAAAUUGUCACGGUCAACGAGAAAGCUGCCGAGGGCUCGUUUCGGGAGCGAUCAUACAACGUGUCGGCUGGGUCACACUGGAAGGGGACAAGCAAGAAGUUGACAGCGCGCCGAAAGAAGGAGGAAAGCAGGCUGAUGACCAUGUCCAACCGAUUCGCUCCGCUGGCUUCGAUGUCCGGGCAUGGUCAUGUAACUGCCGGCUAUCCAUACGAAGUUGUCCAUGUCUCGAAUGAAGGGCGACUCAGGAGUGAAGGAAGCCAGGUGCCGCAUCACGAGGUUGUCCAUGUCUCGCAUGAGGGCAGACUAGGAGGGGAGAGGGAUCCGACGGCGAUGGAGGUGGACUCUCACUGGGAUCCCACCGUUGCGAUUCGGCUGCAAGCUUCAAGGCUUGCUCGCUUUCUUGGGUUCGGUGGUAAUGCUUCUGGGUGA